AUGGAGACUCCAUACCCAGAACCCAUAGCUCCAGCCAAAACGCGCAUAGGCUGGAUAGGGAUAGGGGUGAUGGGCGCUGCCAUGGCAUCUCGCCUUCUCUCUGCUGGCUACUCUAUCACCAUCUAUGCUCGCUCUCCAUCAAAAGCCCUUCCAUUACAAUCCAAAGGAGCCCAACUCGCCAAUUCCCCUUACGAUGUCGCCAAAUGCAGUGACGUUGUCUUCACCAUGGUGGGACACCCAUCAGAUGUUCGAUCAGUUGUUCUUGACACUAAUCACGGCAUUCUUGCCGGCCUUAAUCCCGGUGGCGUCAUAGUGGAUACCACCACCAGUUCACCUGCUCUGGCCCGCGAAAUCUUCCAAGCUGCCAAAGCCAAAGGUUGCCAUUCUAUUGAUUCUCCGGUUUCUGGUGGUGAUAUCGGUGCUAGAGAUGGUAAGUUAGCUAUAUUUGCUGGUGGGGAUCAACUUGCUGUGAAUUGGUUGUCUCCUCUGUAUGAGGUUUUUGGUAAAGUUACUUAUAUGGGCCAAGCAGGGUGUGGUCAAAGUUGCAAGAUAGGGAACCAGAUUGUAGUGGGUGCUAACUUGUUGGGUUUGAGUGAAGGGCUGGUUUUCGCCGAGAAAGCUGGUUUGGAUGCGAGGAAUUUCGUGGAUGCAGUGAGGACAGGGGCAGCGGGGUCUAUGGUGAUGGAGUUGUUUGGGGAGAGAAUGAUCGAGGGGGAUUUCAGGGCUGGUGGGUUUGCUGAGUAUAUGGUGAAAGAUAUGGGAAUGGGUGUGGAUGUUGUGGAGGAGAGUGACGAUGAGAGGGUGCCUGUCUUGCCUGGUGCUGCUUUAGGCAAGCAGUUGUUUGCUGGGAUGGUGGCAAAUGGAGAUGGGCAUCUUGGCACCCAAGCUCUCAUAACUGUCAUAGAGAGGCUUAAUGGCAAGUAA